AUGGAAAUUUUUAAAUGCAAAUAUCUAAAUCAUGAAAAUGAAGAUAUCAUGGGAUUUUGCUUAAACCCGAAUUGCCAGUAAGCAACAUAAUUUUGUUUUUUAUGCUUGACUUAGAGUCAUACUGAUCAUUAAAAUGAUUGUCUUCGAUUUGUCACGAUUAAUUAAUAUAUCAAUUAAAUCAUAGAAGUAUUAAUACAACAUAAAACAUAAAUGAAUGAAAUUAUGAAUCAAAUGAAGAAUUGUUUUGAAUAGAUUUAAAAAUAGAUGGAUCAAGAAAUUAGAAUCUUAGAGAAUAUGAAUUAGAACCUAUUAAAUUAAGAAUACAAUACUUUCAAGUCAGAAAUAAACAAAAUCAAACAAUUUUACUCUAAAGAAAAAGAAAAAAAAAUAUGUAUUUCAUUUUGUUUAAUUUUAAUAGAAAAUGAAAUAAUAGAAUUCAAUUAAAUUCUUAAUACAAUCAAAAUUAUGGUAACUCAAUAAACACCUAUCAAUAAUCAAAUUCAAAUUACCGAAGAAAAUAAUACUUUGAAUUAAGAACCAAAAUAGGAAGAAGAAACGACUUAGGAAACUGAAAAAGAAUAAUAAUUAUCUUAUAAAAGUAAAAUUCAUGAAAGAGUAAAAUAGAUAAUGAAUUAACUGAAAGUCGAAAAGAUUAAGAGGCCAUAAAUAUUUUGAAUAACUCAACCUAACUAUUUGAUAAACAAGAUGAUGUUGAUAAAUGGAAUGGUAGCAUUUUUAGUAUUUAUAAUAAGGUUUUGUAUUACAAAAUUUAUAUAAAUAUCAAAAUGCUAUUGAGAGUCACGACAAAGCCAUUUCUUUAAAUCCUAAUAAUUAUAAUGAAUGGAACAAAAAAGGUAAUAUAAUUUAAAUAUUUGCAUAUAGGUUCUGCAUUAAAUAGUUUAACUAAAUAUUAAGAGGCCAUUAAAUGUUUCGAAGAAGCUAUUUCUAUAAAUCCUAAUUUUUCUAUUGCUUGGAACAAUAAGGGUAAUUUAAUUUAAAAUGUUUUUAUAUAGGUUUUGCAUUACAUAAUUAAAAUAAAUAUUAAGAAGCUAUUUAGUGCUUCGAAAAAGCUAUUUCUAUAAAUCCUAAAUUUUCUAGUGCAUGGAUCAAUAAAGGUAAUAUAAUAACUAAUAUUUAUAUAUAUAUAGGUUAUGCAUUACAAAAUUUAAAUAAAUAUCAAGAAGCUAUUGAGUGUUACGACAAAGCCAUCUCUCUAAAUCCUAAUAAUUAUAUGUCGUGGAAUAAUAAGGGUAAUUUAACUUAAAAUAUUUUAUAUAGGAUCUGCUUUACAUAAUUUAAAUAAAUAUUAAGAAGCAAUUAAGUGUUUCGACAAAGCUAUUUCUAUAGAUCCUAAUUUUUCAAAUGCAUGGAACCAUAAGGGUGAUAUACUUUAAAUAUUUGUAUUUAGGCUUUGCAUUACUGAAUUUAAAUAAAUAUUAAGAAGCUAUUGAGUGUUUAGAAAAAGCCAUUUCUAUAAAUCCUAAUUAUGAUAUAGCAUUUUAAAAUAAAGGUAAAAUAAAUUUUAAAUAAGGUCUUGCUCUACAUAAGUUAAAGCAAUACGAGAAAGCAUUAGUGUGUUAUAAUUAGGCUCUUUCAAUUUCAAUAAAUCCUAUCCGAUUAAAACUCAAAGGUAUUAAUCCUUUAUUAAUUUAAGCUGAUUCGCUAUUCGAAUUAGGAAUGAAAUUAGAAGCUAAGAAUUCUUAUUUGGCUGCUUUACAAUAAGGAUCAACAGAAAAAGAAUAUAUUGAGAAAUAAUUAAAAAAGUUAUGAAUAGUCC